AUGCAACUGUGGCUUUGGUUACUUUACUUCCUGCCAGUUUCUGGAGCUCUGAGGUUUCUCCCAGAAGUCAAGCUGGAGGGUAUUCUGGGCGGAUCCAUUACCAUCGAGUGCCCGCUUCCCGAGUCGCACGUGCGGAUCUACCUAUGCCGAGAGAUGCCUGACUCUAGGAUCUGUGCUACCGUGGUUUCUAAUCAGAACUUUGUCAGGAAGGGGUACAAGAGGCGAGUCACCCUGACAACUUGUCCAAACAAGAAUGUGUACCUCGUUGAGGUGACAGGUCUGGUCAAGAGUGACAGUGGUAUCUACGCCUGUGGGGCCGGCGUGAACACAGACCGGGGCAAGACCCAGCAAGUCACGCUGAGUGUCCACAGCGAGUAUGCACCUUUCUUGGAAGAUAAGCUGAUGACUGAACCUCCAGAGUGGUUUCAUGAAUUUCAGCACGUGCCAAUGACCCCGUCGUUCCAGAUGCCUGCACAUUCCAGUUCUGCUGAAUUUAUAUCCAAAGUGACCACACCAGCUCAGAGGACCAAAGUUCCUCCAGCACCCUCCCUUUCCCCCAUCAGCACGACCACCCACCACCCUCGAGUUUCCAGAACAUCUUCAGUAGCAGGUGCCAAAUCCCCAACCCUCCUGCCAUCUACCAAAGCCUUGAAGACCUCAGCUCAGAAGGGGCCGCUCAAGUCCCAGACAGCCAGUCACAUCCACCACCCCAGGCAGAGAGACUUCCACUAUGGCCAGACAUCAGGGGCAGAAACCCAGAGGUUCAACAUCCUGAUCCCGACCACCUUGAGCCUAACCUUGUUGGCACCUCUGGGGCUGGUGGUGAGAAGAGUCAUUCAAAGGCGGAAAAGCCUAGCCAGGCGGGUUUCCAGACCCACGCUGAGAAUGCGCGUUCCGGAGGCUUCCCGGCUGCGGCAGCCCCAACGACCCCGCGAUGCCCAGCGGCCUCGUUGCCAGAACAUCUACAGCGCCUGCCCCCGACGCGCUAGCGGGGCGGACUCCGCGGCCCUAGACCACUUCAUCACUUCGGCAUCCCUGCUCCCCUUAGUUAAGCUGGAGGUACUUCUCCCAGGCCCUGGAGCUUCGGCGCCUCUCACCCCGCAGCAGGUGUCUGUAACUUCCUGGUGCCAUGCCCCAACUCUGAAGACCAGCGAUGGGUGUGUGAGCACCCAUCACCAGCCUGCUUGCGAGGCGGAAGACACCGAUCCAGAGGACUAUGUCAACAUUCACUUCUGACUCCCCUCUCUGGCUUGUUUCCCGGGUCCCAGAGGUCGAUGCCAUGAGCCUCAUCUGACUGCUGGUUCCCAAC